AUGGCUGGAGUAACAAACACAGGGAAGAGACUCGUCCGCUCUAAAUCUGGACUGAGAAUAAUACCCUUAAAGGACACAGACAGGAGUCCGUUUGAGUUGAGAGAACCAGAAUGGAUCCCCGACAAAAUGAGCCCAACUUGUAUGGACUGCAAGGAAAAGUUUGACUUUUUAAAACGAAGGCACCACUGCCGGAGAUGUGGGCGGAUCUGCUGUGCUUCCUGUUGUGAGACCCGACUGGCCCUCCCUCGGAUGUGCUUCCUGGACCCGGUGCGGAUGUGUUCCCCCUGUGCAGAGACCACCUUGAAGGAGAACCUGUUUUAUAACAAGGACCUGAAGACACUCAUUACAGGAGCCAUCUUAAGUCAGAGUGCACAGGAUCAGUUUGACUUGGAAUCAUGCUUGGUGCAAUGCCGAUUGUCUCCCGAUCACCGAUACUUGAUACUGUCAGGAUCACAAGUCGAUAACCUAACACCAUUGUCCAUACCAAUGCACAGAGUCACAGGCCUUUAUGUUGCCAACAGAUUCCAGGAUUCAGCAGGCAACUUCAAGGUAACAGGGGUGACAGUUCAGUAUACACUAGCUGGAGAAGACGAAGAUGAGGUUUCCAUUGCUGCUCCUCCUGAUGCUUCGCCCUCUGCUUAUGAUUUCCUAACAGCAUUGGAAAAGGCUGUCUUCAUGAUGCAGGAGGCCCGUGCUGUAAUAGGCGUAUCAGAGUGAGUGACAUUGGGCAAAGGACAAAGAUCCCAAAGGGGACAAAGGGUAAAACUAACAGAUAUACUGGAGAUUAUGGCGUUGGCCUGCUAGCUUAGAUUCCAGAUGGUUUUUGAUGUUUUGGGCUGGAGAGGAUGUUGUGAUUUUGCAUGGUGGUGGGAAGUUGUAGUAAUUUCCAAUGGGUGUAACAUCAUGGAAAUAUAUAUUGAUUAUUCAGAUACAUAAGGGAUGUGAGAAUCAAGUGAGCCACCAUUUACAUUCACUUUUCAGUAUAUACAUUUUUUCCAGGUAUGUGUGAGUAUCAUGUAUAUAAUCCCAAUAAAAGACCCAUUAUUCUGUGAUUAAAGGAUAGAUUAGGUUUAUGUAACUUCUGUAAGUUUUUUAUUGGUGCUUUAUCCUUUCACUGUAUAAUGUCUAAGGGAUGUGUAUUCGCUUAUAUAUUAUGGCUCAUUUUGUCUUUUAUCUUGUAUAGUACGUACAGAUUUUGUAAUAUAUAUUUUGUCAAUGAGAAUAUAGUCCUGUUAUUCUUAUAUGUUAGUGAGACUUUCCAUUGCCUUCAAGUUGCAUAUAAAGAGUUCAUGAAACACACAUGUGUUUGAAAGGGAAAAAAAUAUUAGAUGGAUUAGGUCUAAAAUGAUUUUUUUACAAUGCUUUAAACUGUUCUCAGUGUACUGGGUUUCAUCUAAGGAAUAGCAAAUAGUAAAUUUCCUCUUUAUCCUUGUAAUGUUAAGUGUAGUCCCCCCACUUCCUUGUUUAUCACUUAGCAUGUCAGUGUGUGAACUGGCAGGUUUGACUCGUGUAUCUGAGGCACAUCCACAAUGAGGAGGGGCUCUGUUUCAGAUUCAUGAUUCAAAGCUAGUGGCUCACACACUGGUUGCAUUGAGUAGUCAACUUGAUAUGGAGGGACUGACUUUUGCUAUGAAUAGAGGAUGUUACUUGGGAACUUACAUGGAAAAUGGUAGGACUAAAACUAGUGGUUUUAUAUUUUAUAUUUUCCUAUGCUCACAUUUUCAUGAAAAGUAGGCAGCGGUGUCAUCAGAUAGGUUAUAAAAAUGGCAGUAUUUUUUUUUUUGUAUCUUGUCAUUUUCAGGAUCAUUAUUUGAAAUUUC